AUGGAAGUGGUUAUUGUUGAUGGCAGAAAAGAACUGAGCUAUUUCCCUCAUGAGGAGCAUUUGGAGAGCCAUUUUUUAUUGGAAGGUCCAGCAAAUCAAUUCCUGCAUCUCAAAAGACAUGUAUAUUUUCAGGAUUUCUGAGACCCAGAUUGUAAUCUGAAUAAUGGGGGAAACACCCUGGUUGAUCACGUAUUUGCAUUAGAAGCAAGUAAAACACGGACUUCAUUGAAAACAACUGCCCAGUACUAUCUGAAUGGGAACACCUUAAUUUUUGACAAAUCUUCUGCCCAGUAA